ACAACAACAAAUGUAUGUUCAUCCUUCUCAACAGAGUUUGAGGGUUUUUUUCUUAAUAAACUAUUUUGGACAAAAUACAUACUAAAAAUCUUUUUUUCAGUUGAUUGAUGACCCUAUAUCAAAGUAGAUGAAAGGAGUUACUGCUUUGCACUGGUUCCUGCCAAGAUAAACUACAUUUUCAGUAAAAGCAGUCAUGCCUGGUGAGUGGGGGGUGCUCAGGCUCCGGGAGAACAAGAACCUGAGUCUGCAGGUGGAUGUGGCCAAACCUCUGCAGCUCCUGCUCUGCCAGCCUGAGGGGCUGGAGUGUGGCCAGGGCAGGGAACGGGGCGGGGAAGGGGCUGGAGAAUUCCUGAGGGAGCUGGGAAGGGGCUGGAGAGUUCCUGAGGGAGGUGGGAAGGGGCUGGAGAGUUCCUGAGGGAGCUGGGAAGGGGCUGGAGAGUUCCUGAGGGAGCUGGGAAGGGGCUGGAGAAUUCCUGAGGGAGCUGGGAAGGGGCUCAGCCUGGAGCAAAGGAGGCUCAGGGGGGACCUUGUGGCUCUGCACAGCUCCUGCCAGGAGGGGACAGCCGGGGGGUCGGGCUGGGAACAGGGACAGGAGGAGAGGAAUCUCAGGAUCACUGAGGCUGGAAAAUCCCUCCAAGCUGUGCCCGAUCCCCCCUUGUCCCCAGCCCAGAGCUCUGAGUGCCUUCCUUGGACACCUCAGGGGAUGGAGUCUCCACCACCUCCCUGGGCAGCCCCUUCCAGUGCCCGUUCCACCCCUUUCCAUGAAGAAAUCUCUGAGGAAAUGGCCUCAGGUUGUGACAGGGGAGGUUUAUAUUGGAUGUUGGGCAAAAUUCAUUCACAGGAAGGGCUGUGCAGCCCGGGCACAGCUGCAGUGGUGGAAACCCCAUCCCUGGAGGGAUUUCAAAGCCUUGUGGAUGUGGCACUUGGGGACGUGGCUCUGCUGUGGCCUUGGCAGUGUCAGGGAACAUUGGUCUCGUUUGUCUUAGUGCGCUUUUCCCACGCAAGUAUUCCAUGAGUCGCUGAGGGUGUGACGGCAGCAGGAGUCACGGCAGCAUUGUCCCACCUGUGGCCUGUCCUUGUCCCUGCCGCGGGCACCGUGUGAUGGAGCGCAGCCUGCGCUGGCUCCACCGGCUCUGGAUCCCACAGCACGGCCAGGGAACGUGGCCCUGGCAGCCUGUUUGUCCCUUGUCCCCCGGCCGGGUGGCCGGAGCCGUGGCCAGCCCUGCGGCCACGCUGUGGGUCAGCGGCCAGUCCUGAGGCCACGCUCCAGCUGCCGGCCCGGGCACGGAGGUGGCAGCUCCGGCUCUGUCACCCGGUGUCGUGUCCCCGCCACGAGCCGACAGUGACAUCUAGUGACACCAAACGACUCCCCAAAGCCCCGAAUAAGGAAUCGUCCCGAACUCCGCACCCUGCUCCCGCCGCCUGGCCAGCGACGAGCCGGGCUGAGCCGCAGCGCUGUGAAUUAGUAAAUACAACCAAACACCCAUGUCCGUGGGCUUUAAGGCUUUGCGGACCCCCGAGCAGGAGGUGGAGAGGGCAGAGUGGCCAGAGCAGCGUGUUUUGAAGGCUUUUCUGGGGGAAGUCGGGCCGGUUUUGGGUGCGCAGGGCAGUGGCCGACGCCUCCACUCUCCAUGAGGGGAGACCUCAAGUGAGGGGGGGGAACUUGUGCUCCUGCUUGACAGGGCUGUGACGGCUAUUCCUCUCCCAUUAAACAACGAUAACUGACUGGGGAGAGGCAGCAACCUCGUGUACGAUUUGGGGUGGCAGCGGCAGCGCCCCGGCCCCGUUUUGGGGUGUUUCGGCGGUGUUUUGGGGUGUUUCGGCGGUGUUUUGGCGGUGUUUUCAGACGCUGCCCAGGGGCUGUGGAAGGGGGGCCAAGAUGGCCGCCGGCCCCCGCGCGCCCCGCGGCUGAGGGGGGCGAUGGCGAGCGCGGGCCCCUGAGGGGCGCAGGGGGCGGGGGCGGAGGAGGAGGAAGAGGAGGAGGAGGAGGAGGAAGAGGAAGAGGCGCUGCCCGGCGGGUCAGGGCGGGGAAGUCGCCGCCCGAAGAUGGCGGCCGCGGCGGGGCCACACGCCGGGGCUGCGGCGGAGGCGCGGUUCAUCAGCAGCGCCAAGGGAAAGGGCUUGUUCGCCACCAGAAACAUCCGCAAAGGGGAAACAGUCUUCGUGGAGAGGCCGGUGGUGUCAUCCCAGUUCCUCUGGAAUGCCCUGUACAACUACCGAGCCUGUGAUCACUGCCUGCGGGCGCUGGAGACGGCGGAGGAGAACGCCCAGCGCCUGCUGGGGAAGAGCUCCCUGGUGCUGCCUCACCCGGAGCAGUGCAGCACCCGGAAAGACCUGCACCAGCAGUGCCCCCGCUGCCAGGUGACGUACUGCAGUGCAGAAUGCAGGCAGGCAGCGCUGGAGCAGUACCACCAGGUCCUCUGCCUCGGCCCGUCCCGGGACGACCCCACGCACCCCCUCAACAAGCUGCAGGAGGCGUGGAGAAACAUGCAUUACCCUCCAGAGACUUCCAGCAUCAUGCUGAUGGCCAGGAUGGUUGCCACCAUCAAACAGGCUAAAGACAAGGAGUGGUGGAUCAAGGCCUUCUCCCAGUUCUGCAACAAGACAGCAAAUGAAGAAGAGGAGAUUGUGCACAAGCUGCUGGGGGAUAAAUUUAAGGGCCAGCUGGAGCUGCUGCGGUUGCUCUUCACCGACGCCCUUUAUGAUGAAUAUCUCAGCAGGUGGUUCACUCCGGAAGGCUUUCGAUCCCUCUUUGCCCUCGUUGGGACCAAUGGCCAAGGCAUAGGAACCAGCUCCCUGAGCCAGUGGGUGCACGCGUGCGACGCGCUGGAUCUGCCCAUGCUACAGCGGGAGGAGCUGGACGCCUUCAUCGACCAGCUCUACAAGGACAUUGAGAAGGAGUCAGGAGAGUUCCUCAACUGCGAGGGAUCAGGGCUCUACGUGCUGCAGAGCUGCUGUAACCACAGCUGCAUCCCCAAUGCUGAGACAUCCUUCCCAGAAAACAACUUCCUCCUGCAUCUCACUGCUCUGGAGGACAUCGAAGCAGGAGAGGAAAUCUGCAUCAGUUACUUAGAUUGCUGUCAGAGGGAGCGCAGCAGACACAGCCGCAACAAGAUACUCAGCAGUGUGGGACUGUACCUGUCUCCACACCAUCCCUCUGUCUCCUGCCUGCCCACCUGCCAGGGAGAACUACUUGUUUACCUGCUCGUGUCCCAAGUGCCUCGCGCAAGCCGACGACGCCGACGUGACGUCGGACGAAGAGGAGGAGGGCGAAGGAGAGACGGACGACGCAGAGCUGGAGGAUGAGAUGACUGAUGUGUGAUCCUGGCCCCGGGCGAGAGGAGAGGGAAGGGAUGGGAUGGGAAGGGCCUGGAGGUUCCUCCAAGAGGCAGCAGCUUUAAUUUAGAACAGGGUUGUGUUGUGGGGUCGGAGCGGGGCAGCCGGGAGCCGGAGGCAGGCCCUGCUCCCGCCUGUCCGUGUUGUCCCUGUGCGUGUGUAUGUGUGUGUGUGUCAGGCUGUCCCUGUCCUCCCUGUGAGGACAAGCUGUGAGCCAGUGGCCCUCCAGCACAUCCCAGUUCCCAGUAGGGCUGGCUGGUGCACGCAGGGGAGGCUGGAGGAGAGUGGGAUCCAGCCAGCCCCUGGGACACCACGCUGGUCACCUGUGAGGUCGCUCUGCCGUGUCUGUGCAGGCUGUGGAUGUGGAGGAGCUUGUCCUUCCCACCCUGCAGGGACGAGGGAAAUGUGUGUGUGUGUGUGUGUGUCAGUGUGUCUGUGCACGAGGGUACUAUUUAAUGUCUAUAUUAGCACUAUCUACACACUAUGGAGCUGGGGCCCUCAUAUAUCCUCCAUUCCAUGCCUUGGCCAGCAGUGAGGGGCAGGGGGAUCUUGCAGGGGAUGCCUUGGAGAGUGGCCCAGAGCUCGAGUCCAGCAGGGAGAGCAGAGCUGACCCUGCAGACACCUCCUGCCCAGCUUGGCCCACCCUUCCCAUGACAGAGCCCUGGGCAGUGACUGCAGGACCGUGUGGGGCUGGAGAAUGGCCAGGAGCUGACGUGGGCUGGGGUGUCAUCCCAAACCCAGAAGGCAUUUUGGGUUUUGUAGGGAGGGAGUUUCCCUCCCUCCAGCCAGCCGUGGGACGAGGCUGUGCCUGGGGAUGCAGCAUGUGCUGGGUGCUUCCCUGCACCCAGUGCUCCCACACGGAGAUGUGCCAGUGCUGAGUGGCCCCACUGGAUGUCCCCUUGUCAUCCAUCCCACGCUGCCACCCUCAAGGCCACGCCACGCAGUGCUGUCCCUGUUGCAGACCAUGUGGCUGGAGGGACAGCGGCUCCAAGUGACAGGCAGCAGGUCAGGGAUGCACCUGGGGUUAUUUCCUUCCUCCAUGGAUUCUGGGGAGCUGUUUUCCUGCUGCCGUGUCCGUGGCAGCUGGAUUGUGAGACCGAGGGUGGCACACCUGUGGCACUGCCAUCACCACCAGCCCUGCCUCCUGCUGCUUGUCCCCAGCCAUCCCGGGGCCACAUCCCCUUCAGUGUUCCUAAUAAACCGAGACUGGUGACAGCUGGGGACCUGUGCUUUGUAUUGCUGAGUGCAGAGAGGGCUGUGACCCAGGGGCUGCUCCUGUGGGGACACGGGGCUGGGGCUGGGGGAACAGACACCUGUGCAAGUGUGGGCUCUGGAUUUGUGACCAGCCCACCCUUGGGGACAGCUGCUGUGCUGUCCCAAGAGGCUCUGAGCCCUGCCCCAGCUGCAGGAGGUACUUGGAGAAUUUUACUAGGAAAAAAAUUGAGGAUGAGAUUUAUCCCUUCAUCCACUGACUGCUGGAAAUAAAAGAGGAACUUCCCUUUUUCUAAAACUUA